AUGUGUCGGGGAAUCGGGUACAAUCUGACAGCGAUGCCCAACGAGCUGAACCACGACACUCAGGACGAAGCGGGGCUGGAGGUCCAUCAGUUCUGGCCGCUAGUCGAGAUAAAGUGCUCUCCGGACUUGAAAUUCUUCUUAUGCUCAAUGUACACGCCGAUUUGCUUGCCGGAGUACAGCAAGCCCUUACCAGCUUGCCGAAGCGUCUGUGAGAGGGCUCGGGCAGGUUGCGCGCCUCUGAUGCAGCAGUACGGUUUCUCCUGGCCGGAGAGAAUGGCCUGCGAGCGGCUGCCCAAUCAGGGUGACCCGGAGAACCUCUGCAUGGAGCAAGACAACCAUACCAGCAGCGGCGGUUCAGGAGGGUCAGGAGGCCCAGCUAGCAUGGCUCCCCUCCCGCCAGGCCCUCCGCGGCCCCCUCGACCCACCAAACCAUCGACGACCUCUCGUUGCAAAGGCAAGAACUCAAAAAACUGUCAGCAUCCUCCAGGGGAAAGGGCAAGGGACUGCUUGUGCCGUUGCAAAGCUCCCCUCGUGCCUCUGGGGGUAACAAGCAGCGGCAUAGGCACAAGCGGCCACGCGGCGGGAAUCCUGGGAGUGGGGGCCGGAGCCACCCACAUCGUCGGGGUCCCGGUGUCGCCAAUCGGACUGGACACGAUAACCCUGACAAACAACCCGAACUACCCGGGCAUUGCCGGGGUAAGAGACUGCGCUCUGCCCUGCCACGGAGUACUCCUGUCCCCCGAGGAGAGAGGCUUCGCAGCGGUCUGGCUAACUCUCUGGAGCGGCCUCUGCGCCGCAAGCACCCUCACAACCGUAAUCACCUUUCUCAUCGACACCCAGCGGUUUAAGUACCCGGAAAGGCCGAUCGUUUUCUUAUCAGCUUGCUACUUCGUCGUAUCUUUAGGCUACUUAGCAAGGAGUGUGUUGGGCCACGAGGAGAUCGCUUGCGAUGGUCCAGCGCUGAGAUCAGGAGCUCAAGGCCCAGGGACCUGCGUCACCGUUUUUCUCAUGAUUUACUUUUUCGGAAUGGCCUCGUCAGUCUGGUGGGUCAUCUUGGCGUUCACCUGGUUCCUGGCAGCGGGUCUUAAGUGGGGAAACGAGGCGAUAACUUCCUACUCCCAGUACUUUCAUUUGGCAGCCUGGCUAGCCCCGACAGCUCAGACGGUCUGGGCCCUUUUGGCCGGGGGAAUUGCCGGAGACCCCGUGGCCGGAGUCUGCACAGUCGCGCCAGAGGGAGUCCAGAAAUUCAUCCUCGUGCCUCUUCUAGUCUACUUACUCCUCGGGACGAGUUUCCUCCUGGCCGGGUUCGUCAGUCUCUUCAGGAUACGUUCGGUGAUAAAAAGACAGCCCGGCGCGAAGGCGGACAAGCUGGAGAAGCUGAUGAUCCGGAUCGGAGUCUUCUCUGUGCUCUACACAGUUCCAGCUAGCGCAGUCUUGGGAUGCUACUUGUACGAGUCGACUCAACGCGACGAGUGGAUCGCUCACCUGGCGUGUCCUUGCAGGCCGCAGUCAAAGCCAAUCUAUUCAAUCCUGAUGCUGAAAUACUUCAUGGCGCUGGCGGUGGGAAUAACCUCAGGAGUCUGGAUCUGGAGUGGGAAGACUCUGGACUCCUGGAGGCGGCUUUGGAGACGCUUGUUCGGUGGCGGAGUCGCCGCUGGCGGAAACACCGGCCUCGCGGGAGUCACAGGAGUCAGCGGGAUCGGAAGCGCGAGCAUGAAGGGACGGUCUAUGAUGCCGAGCUACGCGGCCUCCGGGCCUGGAAGCGCGCUUCUGCCACCUGGGAGCGUCGCCAGCGCCUCUCAGCACCACUUGCAUCAUCAUGUACUGAAACAACCCCCGCUGUCGCACGUAUGA